AAGGAAAAAAUACAAAGGAGGAUGAAACAGCAAAAUAUUAAAUCCAAUAGCGCAUCCACACAGAACGAAGAAAUUUGUACAACAUCUACAUUAAAAACCACUGGCACUGAAAUCAAAUCUAUGGACUUGAAAAAUGAAUCCGAUGAACAGACUACAAAUGUUCUUAUACGUUAUACUUUGGAAGAACUGAAAGCUUUUGCCAAAUCACCAGAAUCUCGAAAAACUUUAAAAACCAUUGGCACUGAAAUUAAAUCUAUGGAUUUGAAAAAUGAAUCCAAAGAACAAACUACAAAUGUUCUUAUACGUUAUACUUUGGAAGAACUAAAAGCUUUAGCCAAAUCACCAGAAUCUCGAAAAACUCCUGUUGUUCCAUGCCAAAAAGGAGACUGCAUCUCGCAACUUUUCGUAGCUCGUCAGCAACAUCAUCACCAUCAUUUAACACACCAAGUUGGACAAAAUCUAACGGCAAUCAACAUUCAACACCACGUACAACAAUCGUACCAUCAUAUGAAUUUCAAUGAAUCUAUAGAAUUUGUAAGUGGCAAACGACGUGUUGGAGGUGGCGUUGGAAGUGGUGGCAUUCAAAGAAAACAUCAUGAUCAUCAUAAUAAUGCAGCCUCUACAGGAAAUAUAAAUAUAACUGGUCUCUCAGUUGCUCCAGGACCAAGUAGUGUUGGGGGUAAUUCAUCGCAAAUACAGAAAAAAAUGCAAGUUAUACGCAUUAACUUGUCAUUAAACGAAGAAAUUAAAUUGUCGAAAUGUGAAAAUGCUUGGCAGCCUAAAUUCCUAUCCCGUAACUCAAAUAACAAUUCGCCCACAACUGAAAAGAGUAAAGAUGAUGAUGGUGAUAUUGAUGAUGUUUUGAAAAAAGUCCGGGGAAUUCUUAAUAAGCUGACUUCGGAGAACUUUGAUGUCUUGUUGAAAGAAAUGACUAGCAUUACAAUUAACACACAAGAAAAAAUGCAAAAAGUUAUGCUAUUAAUAUUCGAAAAAACAGUCAGCGAACCCAAUUUCGCACCCACAUAUGCGAAAUUUUCCAAAGUUUUAUUUGAAGAAUUUAAAGCGGAACGCAAAAAAAUAUUCAAUGUUUUAUUAAUAAAACGCUUGCAGACAGAAUUCGAAUUAAAUGUAAAUAAUGCUGAUGCAAAGGAGCGUAAACUGCAACAGAUUAUAAACAAACUAAAUGAAACAACCGAUCAGCAGGAAAAAAUCGAAUUACAAGCUGAACUAGAACUUCAGGAGUAUCAAUUCCGACGUCGUGCAUGGGGAACGGUGCGUUUUAUUGGCGAAAUGUAUAAAUUACAUUCAUUAACUGCUGAUCGUGUUCUACAAUGCGUUGAGUCGUUGCUCGAACAUGGCAAUGAAGAAAAGUUAGAGUACAUGUGUAAGUUACUGACAACGGUCGGUAACGUACUGGAAAGCGGUGAUGCAGAUUCAUUUAACAACAAUCUUAGAAUGAAUAAGAUUUUUGCAAAAAUUCAAACUAUUGUUAAAGAGGCCAGAGAUCCUUGCAGCAAGAAAAACAAAAUAUGCAGUCGUGUGCGUUUCAUGAUGCAAGACUUAAUUGAUUUAAGAUCUAGAAAUUGGGGUCAAUCGCCUAAUACCCAUAAUAGCCAUGUUACACUACGAAGACGACAUACUGACGUUAGAAAUAGUAAUUUGUCAUCUGGUUCCUUAAAUACUUACGAUAGAUGUUCUUCACAACGCACGUCCUUUGGUAAUAACAACAACCGCCAUAAUCAAACACGCAAUAAGCACUGCGCUACUGGUUCUAACUAUUUCCUACAAAAACCAUCCAAGUCCCAAUAUUUAGGCCAACGUGAGCAACAUAGUUCAAUGUAUAUGUGGUCGACUGCUGGUCGACAAGCAUACCAAUCUAGCGACUCUCAGAACAGUGGCCGAACCACACCCACAUCUAUGCAAUUAAAUACAUCACACCAAUACCAGAACCAAAAACAUCAACAAGCUCAACAUUGGGGUGGUAAAAAUCAAAAUUCCAAUUCGGAUAUAAAGGCAGUACUGGCCUCAUAUUCUAAUAAAGACAAUCAAAAACUAUUAAAUCACCUCAUAGAAGAAUAUUUAGAUUGUCUGUCAUCACGCAGCAACAGGUGGCAUGAAGAAGUGCUUAAUACUUGGCAAAAGACGACCAACAAACAGCAAAUAUGUUUGGUAUAUUAUAUCCUAAUGGACUAUUUGCACUUAGCCGCAGUCAAACGUUUGGAAAGAAAUGCCUGCGCUGAUAUUUUAGUAUAUCUUAUGAGUACUAAUGCAUUUAAUAAAACGACAUUUACGCGAGCUUAUGAACAAUUUGCAGUGGAAUUUCCUGACUUAUUAAUGGACGUUCCCAAUGGCUGGACAUAUGUUUUUCAAUUCGUGGGUCCUAUGCUACAUGAACGUUUACUAAGUUUUAGCGACAUCUGGAACACAAACUGGCGUAGUGAUCAGGUGUUUACCGAACGUUUUAUCAAUGCUUUAGUGGUUUACUUUACUACAGAAUUUGGUGCAAAUUAUGUAAGAGAUUUAUGGCAUAAUGAAUAUAAACUGGAUAGAGGGCAAAUUUUCAUGAGUGAUCAACAGCAAUGGCGCCAAUUUGUUGCCCUUAACAAAUUGCAAUUCCUCUACGACAGUAAAGCAAAGCCUGAAUUCAUAACAACAAAUGCUUAUAAUAACAACAAUAAUAGUAAUAGUUUAACAGUAGAGGAUUACCAUGUUCAGCGUUUAGAAGUACUUUUAAGUUCACCUAAUUCAAAUUUAGCAUUAGAUUAUAUUAACACAAAUGUAAAUAUAAAUAUUAAUUUUCUAAAAAAUCUAACACGAUUCCUCUGUGAUUAUGCCACCACAAUGAAAACGACUCUGUCGGGCUCAUCUUCGGUAAGUAAAAACAGUAGUACCUGCAGCAACACCAGUAGCAGGAGUAGUUUACAAAACACAGAAUUACUUAGUAAUAGUAACAAUGCCAGAAAAGCCCAGCUAAAUGGUAAUACAUUUCGAAAAAAUUGUUUACCGCUUUUACGAUUAUGCCUUGACGCCCAUGAAGAUUAUGAGUUGGCAUGUAUCGACUCUGUCGUAGAUAACAUACAACAGGAGUACGAUGCAAACACAGCCAACGAACUAAUCUGUGGUAUUUUUGAUAUUCUUUACGAUUGUGAGGUUAUAGCAAAGGAGUCCUUUGAAAAGUGGUAUAACAUAAGACAACAAAAUAAACAAGAACAAAAAAAACAUGCAGUGAACUCAAAGAAACAAAUAAAACGACCAUUAAGUGCUCAUCUAGAGGCAUACAUGCAAAAACUACUUUAACAAAAAGUAAAUUAGAUACAAAUAAGAAUUUAAAACAAAAUUAAAAAUAUACAUUAAAA